AGAUAUGACAAGCGUAUUUUAGAUAUUAAUUAAUUAUUCGUCAGAUUACUUAAUACAAUGAAAUUUAUUCUAGCUCUCAGUUUAUUAACCUUUAUAAUAACAUUAGUUUCUGUUGAAGCAAGGUAUAAAGCUGAUGAAGUUCUACUACGAAGAAUGGCGCUAGAAACUGUUGAGAAACUCAAACUAUUAACUUUACAACAUAUGAGAACAUUUCGCAAUCACGUACAAGAAUACUUCAAACAAGAUGAUUUAGGUGAAAAAAUAGCUCAAGUUUUAACUAUUUUAAUUAAACGUUUGAAUAGACGCUUAGAAAAAUGUUUAAACUCUAAAGAGGAAUAAAAAUCUUUCAGAAAGCAUUGUUCUUUUUUUAACUGAUCGAUACAAAAACAAUAAUCAACAUAUAUCUUUGUAUUAGUUAUCAUUAAUGUAUAUUAUAUUCACAGUAUAAAAAACAUUUACAUUAAAAGAUAGAUUGGAAUGACUUGAAUGAUUCUUAGAUGAUUUCUGUUUGGAAGCACAGUUCAAGGGAUCAAUAUAUUAUUUGUUAUAUUAAAAGACUAAAUCAAUUUUUUUUGUUUACUUCAAAAGUAUAAUAAACAGAUAAAGUUAAUGGUGAAAAGUGUUAUGUACUUACAAAAUAGACGGAGAGUAAUUCGA